AUGGCAGUGGCGAAUGCUAUCGGGGGAGUCUUCCUCGCCCUCUCCAUUUACCCACUUGCCUUGACGUAUUUACCUCCUAAAGCAAAGACCGCCACAGCCGUUCGAAUUAAGCUUGGCCUUCCCCAAUUUCAAGACAAGGUAGCUAGUCUUGCGGGCGAUAAGCCGGCUGUUUCAUUGUUCAAUUCCAAUGGGGAGCGUAUCGGCUUCACUCUGGGAGGGGGUCAUAUCGAAGAAGACAGCGAUACGAAACCCACCGGGGAUAUUCAAGUCAUGCACAUCAACCAGGAGCAAAACUCAUUCGCCGAAUAUAUCUCGAUCUCUGCUACUGGAUCCGACGCAAUUUGUAUUUCAUCAAUUACAAUCACCAUGGCAGCCGAUGACCAGCCAAACUUUGCACUCUUCGGAGACAUUCCAAUCUCUUCGCGGGGCCAAGAUGUAUCUCUCCAACGAUAUAAAACGACGGGGAAAACGACCAACGAUAUAAAGCAAGGCAUUAGUUGGCACGUUACCGAUUUCCUUGGGCAUGAGAAUCGAAUCGAGCAAUACAACACCCACCCGGAUACUAUGUGCAAGAGUAUUCCUCGCCUUCAGAUGUGGGACUAUAUGGAUCCACUCCACUGUGUCCCAAUAUUUUGGCCACCACUUCCAGACUCCAAAGGAGGGCUAGACCAAGACACCGCGCAAGUCCUUAGCGACACCGGUUCACUGCACUGCGAUAUGGAGAAAGGCCAACAGUUGCUUUAUCCAUCAAACAAGCCGAAUCCACGAGUUGUUCCUAGCUCAACUUCGAUAAGGAGACUAAGAAAAGCAUUUAUUACUUCGGGACGGAACUCGAGGACAGUAUUCCGUUACCCCCCUGGAAGUGACAAGCGUCGAUCCAUCGACGUCGAGGAUUGGGAGCUAUCUGCCAACAUUUUGGAUUCGCGGGUACCCGAGCUGAAUCAGAAAACGGAUUCGGAUUGCCCAUCUGUUCACGCGAACAGAAUCGUAAUCAGUGAGAAGGAGACUCAUAAUGGCGGGGCGAAGGAAUUGUGUGAAGCACCAAAUUCCUGGGGGCCUGAUUUUGUCUCGACCCUUGAAGGAAAGUUCUGCGAUAUGUGCACUCGACACUUGUGGGAUAUCUGUUCUGACAAGAUCACGACGGCAUGUUUUGAUAUGACUACCAGCACUGUGCGACCUGGGAAUGGGAUACGUGGGCGUGAUUUUUUUGGUAGAGCCAUCCCCGUGAAGAAUUAUACGACGGUGUUGGAAUGGAAAUAA